AUGGCAGAGACACUUUUGUUGACUUUAUAUUUUAAUCCUUAUUUUUUAAUUUUAAGAUUACCUUUUGACUUUCUAAUUCGUUCUACUAUGUAUAAUAAAAGAUUUGCUCCUCAAAAUUUCCAUAAAAUGCCUAAACCCUCUGAAAAGACAACAACAACUAAGCGAAGGACAAUGUUAAUUCCACUUUUUAUUAAUUCUGCCGCUCAAAAAGUUCUAGAAAGACGUCAAUAUUCUUCAAAUAAAUUUCCUGACCGUCAAAAUGAAAAGGAUUUCGAAAAUCUCAUUGGGGCCGUUUGUAAAAAUAAUGGAUGUACUGCGGUUUGCAAUGACAAAAAUACUUUUAAUUCAAUUUGUAUUCAUCACCGAGGAUUGCCAGCUUCUCGUGACCCAAACUCUACCGCUGCUAUCGUUUCGAAUAAUAGCGCAACUCAAUAUCAACAUUUGCAUAAUCAUCAACAAUAUUGGACUUGUUGUGGGCGUAAAACAACUAAUUUACUUGGAUGUACUAAAGGCUCUCAUCGAUGGAUUAUUGUUGGUUUUGAGUGA